AUUUAACUUUUUCUUGAAGGCAGCUUUCACUAAGCAAAAAGUGAAAGAAAAGAACCGCGAAAGUUGAAUUCUAUGAAUUCAUAAGAGAAAAAUUGAAAAAAAGAAUAUGACGAUCGAUUGUUUAGUUUUGGGUGCAGGACAAGAUGUAGGAAAAAGCUGUGUAGUGGUAACUAUAAAUGGCAAGAGGAUAAUGUUUGACUGUGGAAUGCAUAUGGGACACGACGAUCAUCGGAGAUACCCAGAUUUCUCUCUUAUAUCGGAGUCUGGUGACUUUGACAAUGCUCUUUCAUGCAUCAUCAUCACACAUUUCCACCUAGACCAUAUUGGAGCUCUUCCAUAUUUUACUGAAGUUUGUGGGUACAAUGGCCCCAUAUACAUGACGUAUCCAACAAAAGCUUUAGCUCCAUUGAUGCUGGAAGAUUAUCGCAGAGUUUUGGUUGAUAGAAGGGGAGAGAAAGAGCAAUUUAGUUCUGAGAAUAUCACAGAUUGCAUGAAAAAAGUUACUGCAGUGGAUUUAAAGCAGACUGUGCUGGUUGAUCGAGACCUUCAAAUUCGAGCAUACUACGCUGGACAUGUUCUUGGUGCUGCAAUGUUUUAUGCUAAAGUGGGUGAUGCUGCUAUGGUAUAUACUGGAGAUUAUAAUAUGACGGCUGAUAGACAUCUUGGAGCUGCUCAAAUUGACCGGCUGCAGCUGGACCUUGUCAUAACAGAGUCAACUUAUGCAACCACCAUCCGCGAUUCCAAAUAUGUUCGGGAGAGGGAGUUUCUCGAAGCAAUUCACAAAUGUGUUGAUAGCGGAGGAAAGGUGCUCAUCCCUGCAUUUGCUCUUGGAAGAGCUCAGGAACUCUGUAUGUUAUUGGAUGACUAUUGGGAGCGGAUGAAUCUUAAAGUUCCUAUUUAUUUUUCCGCAGGUUUGACUAUACAAGCUAAUAUGUACUAUAAAGUUCUCAUAAACUGGGCCAGCCAAAAGGUGAAAAAUCUUUCCGCAACACGCAAUGCAUUUGACUUCAAAAAUGUCCACAGUUUUGAACGUUCCAUGAUAAAUGCUCCUGGACCUUGUGUUUUAUUUGCUACUCCCGGCAUGUUAAGUGGUGGAUUUUCACUUGAAGUUUUCAAGCAAUGGGCUCCGUACGAACAGAACCUGAUAGCUCUACCAGGAUAUUGUUUGGCUGAGACAGUAGGACACAAGUUGAUGAGAGCUAAACCUCCUGCCAGAAUCGAUGUUGAUAAAAGCACCCAGAUUGAUGUGCGCUGCCAGAUUCAUCAGCUGUCUUUUAGUCCACAUACUGAUUCCAAGGGAAUCAUGGAUCUGAUCAGAUUUCUGUCACCCAAAAAUGUAAUACUUGUACAUGGGGAAAAGCCCAAGAUGGCAUCGCUCAAAGAGAGAAUUGAAUCAGAUCUUAGGAUCCCAUGCUAUUAUCCUGCAAAUAACGAGUCUCAGUGCAUUGAAUCAACUCAAUAUAUUAAAGCUGAGGCAUCCAAAUCAUUUCUCCAAAGUUCUUUGAGCCCAAAUUUCAAGUUUCUAAAAACAAUUUCAAGAGCAGACACUGGUUUCAUUCUUAAUGAGAGAGCUGAGUCUUGUAUACAAGUAUGUGAUGACAGAGUAGCUGAAGGGGCAGUCAUCAUGCAGAAAGACCAGCACCCAAAAAUUGUACACCAGAAUGAGUUAAUGGACAUCUUAGAAGCAGAAAAUCAUAAAGUUCAGGUUGCUUACUGUUGUCCAGUGUGCGUCCCUAAUGAACCUAAAAAUGUAGCUUUCAAAAACUCAAAUACGUCAGCUAAAUCAACACUUAUCGAUGAGGUGAUUAUAGUGAUAAUCAAGAUUCAGUUUUUGUUGAGCAAAAAGGAGAAGAAAGAUUGAAUUUUUAUCCAUAUUGAACAUUCAAGAAAAAUGGCAACUGAGCCACCAAGUAUGAUUUCUUCCGACCCCACAACUCCACUUCUUCACCGGCGACUCGAAAACGGCGGCAGAGGGGGUCGUCAGUCAUCACUUGCUGUACUUCUUGGUCGGGUCACCGGAAGGCGCGGCGGCGGCGGCGGCGGGGGCGCGUCGUUGUUGGUGAGGGAGACGGCGGCGCGUGAGCUGGAUGAGCGAAGAGCUGAUUGGGGUUAUUCGAAGCCGGUGGUGGCGUUGGAUAUGAUGUGGAAUUUGGGGUUUGUGAUUGUGUCUGUUGUGAUUUUGUCAUGUGCGGUGGAUGAGUCGCCGAAUGUUCCCAUUAGGGUUUGGAUUUGUGGGUAUGCUUUGCAGUGUGUGGUGCAUGUGGUGCUUGUGUGGUUGGAAUAUAGAAGGAGGAGUUUGCAAGGAGGAACUGAUGCAGAGGGAAAUGAUGGUGUGGAUGGUGAAGAGAGGAAUGGGGUUUUGGCUAUUGGUAAUCAGUCAAGUAUUGCUAAACGAUGUGAAUAUAUGAAUACAAUGGGGUCACUUCUUUGGUGGAUAGUUGGCUUUUACUGGAUAGUCUCUGGUGGUGAAAUUCUUUUACAGAAUGCUCCACAUUUAUACUGGUUGGCAGUUGUAUUUCUGGCAUUCGAUGUAUUCUUUGCCAUCUUUUGUGUUGCUUUGGCAUGUCUGAUAGGAGUUGCUCUCUGUUGCUGCUUGCCUUGCAUAAUUGCAGUACUCUAUGCAGUGGGUCAGGAAGGUGCAUCCGAGGAAGAUCUCAGAGUUCUCCCCAAGUAUAGAUUCCAUAUUUGCAAGAAUGAGGAGAAACCAAGGGUAGGAGCUGGUAGGAUGGUACCAAUUGAGACAAGCAGCGGAUACCUGGCCACUGAGCGUAUUCUUUUACCUGAAGAUGCAGAAUGUUGUAUAUGUCUUACCUCGUACGAGGAUGGGGCAGAACUCCAUGCUCUCCCCUGUAAUCAUCAUUUCCACUCCACCUGCAUCGUGAAAUGGCUUAAGAUGAACGCGACAUGUCCACUAUGCAAGUACAACAUCCUGAAGGGGAAUGAUCAGGUUUAAAGCAGAGGAGAAUGAAAAACAUUGUACAUUGUUUCGGGUUAUUAAAGCCACUUAUGGAAGCUUGAAACACUACUCGCUGUAUCCAUAUCAGAACAGAAAUCUGCUUUCCAACUAGUUGAGCUUCCUCUCAUGUUCGCUUAGCAUAUUGAGAUCUUCUCUGUAGUGAAUUGUCUUCUGUUAUAGAAAAAAUGUAGCACCCCGCGAAAAAUUAAAAACGAAGAAGGGUUUGUCCUUCCCCCAGCUCAUGUAAAUUAUCCUUGGUUCCCAUUGCUUUCCAAUAGGUAUACAGGAUCCAACUCUUGUAAGUAUAUGCUAUUUUCUUGUGUGUUGUUUUAUGUCCAGUUUUUCUUGUGCUCCUUGUUUCUUUUUUCAGAUGAACCUUUCUCUAUGAAAACAGUAAAGUGGGUGAUAGUUCUAUAUCUAA